GCGGCGCGGGCGGAUGACGCGCGCGAGCAGCGCGGGGAUUUUCGAGUGGCCGUGGAGCGCGGGAGGCCGCCGGCUGGCCGAGCCCGCCGGGAGGGACCAUGGACUCGCUCGCCGAGCCUCGGUGGCCGCCGGGCCUGGCGGUGAUGAAGACGAUAGAUGAUCUACUGCGCUGCGGAAUCUGCUUUGAGUACUUCAACAUUGCCAUGAUGAUUCCUCAGUGUUCCCAUAACUACUGCUCUCUCUGUAUCAGAAAAUUUCUGUCCUACAAAACACAGUGCCCGACGUGUUGUGUGACAGUCACAGAGCCAGACUUGAAGAAUAAUCGCAUAUUAGAUGAACUGGUAAAAGGCUUGAACUUUGCACGGAACCACGUGUUGCAGUUUGCUCUGGAGUCUCCGCCCAUCUCUCCUGCUUCGUCUUCCUCGAAGAAGCCCGCAGCACGCGUGGACCCGCCCGGGGGCGCCAGGCAGCCCCAGAAGCAGGGGACCCGUCUGCUGGACAAUUUCCUGAUCAAGGAGACUGGGGCUUCGGCGCCCCCGCCCUUGGCCAGAGACAAGGAAAGCAAAUUCAGCCCCCGGAAAGAGGCGCAGGCCGCAGCCAAGGGCAAGGAGUCCGCGGAUAGGGCAGUGCCGGCCUCCUCCGCCACCGCGGGGCCCGAGACACCCUCCACGUCCACCCCGAAUCCCAGCCCAAGAGUGGAUUGCCCUGUUUGUGGCGUCAGCAUUCCGGAGAAUCACAUUAAUAAGCACCUAGACUGCUGUUUGUCCCGUGGCGAGAAGAAGGAGAGCCUCCGAAGUUCUGCUAACAAAAGGAAGCCGCUGCCCAAGACUGUCUACAACCUGCUCUCCGACCGCGAGCUGCGGAGGAAGCUGAAGCAGCACGGGCUGUCUGUCCACGGCACUAAGCAGCAGCUCAUUAAACGGCACCAGGAAUUCGUGCACAUGUACAAUGCCCAGUGUGACUCCCUGCACCCCAAGUCAGCUGCGGAGAUCGUUCAAGAGAUCGAGAAUAUGGAGAGGACUCGGAUGCGCCUGGAAGCCAGCAGACUCAGCGAGAGCAUAAUGGUUUUCACAAAGCACCAAACGGAAAAGGAAAUAGAUGAGAUCCACAGCAAGUACCGUAAAAAGCAUCAUAAUGAAUUUCAGCUGCUGGUGGAUCAGGCCAAAAAAGGCUACAAGAAAGCCGGGGAGGUGGCCCCCAAAAAGGUGGCAAAGAAAGAAGAGGCGUGUGCAGAGAGGCCAUCGCCCAUGUGCCCAGGACCCGAAGAGAAGAUGCGGGCGUCCGUGGGGCCCUUGGUCGCCAGCCGCCUCCCGCGGGCACAGCGGGCAUCCUCGGGGAGCUCGGAGCCGGAGAGGGCCGACGACGACUCUGCCAGCUGCUCGGACCCCCGGGAAGCGUCGCCCUCUUCCCCGGAGUCAGAUUCCUGCAAUAGCUCCAGCUCGGACAUCAUCAGGGACCUUCUGGAGCAGGAGGAGGCCUGGGAGGCGGCGCACAGAAAUGAAGUGCCGGACACAGAGUGGGCCCCGAGACACACCCGCCGUGCCAGAGCCUCCGACGGGGCCGAGACGGAGCCCAGGAAUAAGCGGAACAGGAACUAGUCCGGCGUGGCCUCAUGGUCUGGCCGGCCCUGGACUUUAUCCUCAGACGGCCUGAAGAUGCCCAGUGCCGAGUGUCCCGACUCCCGCCGCUCCCACCGCGUCCCCUGCUGCCCUCUCGCCUCUCAAAGACCCUGCUGGACGAGCGCCUGGC